AUGACAGUCACACCGGAUGUCAGACUGGAGUAUCUGGAGGGAGUGGCUUCCACCAUCCUCAGGUUCAAGCCGGACAAGUGGAGUAAAAUGGUCGGAGUGGAGGAGAACAUGGCUCUGUUCACUGAAUUCUUCGAGAAGCCCGACGUCUCGGUUCUGGUGCUGACGCUGAGCCCCGCCGGCACGGUCGUACCCUGCCUGGGCUUCCCGGCCUCCCUCAAGUCCAAGGGGCUGUACUUCAUCAAGCAGAAGCCCGAGCAGGUCAGCAAGGACAACUACAGGGACUCCCUGGUCUACGGGGACAUCAGCCCCGCGCCCGUGGACCAGCUCAUCGCCGUCGUGGAGGAGGUCCUGUAUUCUCUGUUUAACCAAAGCAAAAACAUGAGCGGGUGGCCCCGCGUGGUCUCGGAAGAUGUCGUGAAGCAGGUGCACAAGCUGAAGAACGAGAUGUUUGUGAUGGGGGGCAAGAUCAAGGGGAAGACCCUGCUGCCCAUCCCGGAGCACCUGGGGAGCCUGGACAGCACCAUGGAGAGGACCCCCUCCACCCUGGACAACUCGCUGCUGCACACCAUCGAAACCAUCGUCAUCGACUGGUCCCACCAGGUCCGGGACGUGCUGAGCAAAGACUCAGCCCAGGCCCUGCUGGACGGGCUGCACCCCCUGCCCCGAGCAGAGUUUGAGUUCUGGGACACCCGGCUGAUGAACCUCAAGUGCAUCCAUGAGCAGCUCAACAGGCCUAAAGUGAACAAAAUUGUCGAGAUCCUGGAAAAAGCCAAAAGCUGCUACUGGCCAGCCCUGCAAAACGUGUAUAUGAACGUUACAGAAGGCCUGAAGGAAGCCAGCGAUAUUGUCCUGUAUCUGAAGCCUCUGCAGAUCUUGCUGGAGGAGAUGGAACAGGCCGACUUCACGAUGCUGCCGACCUUCAUCACCAAGGUGCUGUGCACCGUCUGCUUCAUCUGGGCCACCUCCGGACACUACAACACGCCCUCCAGGAUCAUCGUCAUCCUGCAGGAGUUCUGCAACCAGCUCAUUGAGAUGACGCGGACCUACCUGAGCCCCGAGGAGGUGCUGAAGGGCCUGGAGGGUGAAAUCGAAGAGGUCCUGGGCGCCGUCUCUCUGUCGGUGAGCGUGCUGAAGGAGCUGUACCGGGCCUACGACUUCUGCUGCGCAAACAUGAAGCUGUUCUUCAAGAAGGACAAGGAGCCCGUGCCUUGGGAAUUCCCUUCGUCCCUUGCGUUUUCCAGGAUCAACACCUUCUUCCAUCGUGUCCAGACCAUCGAGGAUCUUUAUAAAACAGCCAUCGAGUUUCUGAAGCUGGAGAAGAUCGAGAUUGGAGGCGUGCGGGGGAACAUCCUGGGAAGCCGGGUCACUCAGCUCUGUGAGGAGGUCUUCGACCUGGUGAAGGUUUUCGCCGACUGCAGAUACGACCCCUUGGACCCUGGAGAUUUGAGUUUUGAUGAUGAUUAUGCUGAUUUUGAGACCAAAAUUCAAGACCUGGACAGGAGACUGGCCACUAUCUUUUGCCAAGGGUUUGACGACUGCAGUUCCAUUGAGUCCUGUGCAAAGCUCCUGUACAUGUGCGGUGGCCUCUUGGAACGGCCACUGAUCCUCGCCGAGGUGGUGCCCCGGUACUCAGUCAUGCUGGAGCUGUUUGACGCUGAGUUGGACAACACCAAGAUCCUGUAUGACGCCCAGAUUGCGGCCUCGGCAGACGGGAACAUCCCCCCCAUCCAUAAAAACAUGCCUCCGGUGGCCGGACAGCUCAAGUGGAGCCUGGAGCUGCAGGAGAGGCUGGAGGGCCCCAUGAGGGACCUCAAACACAUCGAGCACCCGGUCAUGUCCAGCGUGGAGGCCAAGCUGAUCUACCAGAAAUACGAUGAGAUGAUGGAGCUGUUGAGAAGCUACCGAGAGAGGAUCUACCAGCAGUGGGUGGCGGGGGUGGACCAGGACUGCCACUUCAACCUGGGGCAGCCCCUGAUCCAGCGGGACCCCGUCACCGGCCUCAUCCGUGUCAACUUCAGCAAAGCGUUGGUGGCAGUGCUGAGAGACGUCAAGUACUUGAACUUCCAGCAACAAAAAGAGAUCCCCAGCAGCGCUGAGAAUCUGUACUCACAGUAUGAAACCUUCCGGAAGUUUGUGGGCAACCUGGAGCUCAUCGUCGGCUGGUACGAUGAGAUAAAGACCACCAUGAUGGACGUAGAAUUUCCACUGAUAAAGUCAGAGUUGGAAGCAAUCGAUGUCAAAUUACUGGACGCCGAAACAACAUUGUACUGGAAUGGAGAUGGUGUGUUUGAAUAUAUUCAGGAGAUGCGGGAAAUUCUACACAACUUGCAGAACAGGAUACAGAAGGCAAAGCGAAACGUAGAGGGAAUUUCCCAGGCCAUGAAGGACUGGUCGGCCAACCCGAUGUUUGAGAGGAAGGACAACAAGAAAGAGGCCCUGCUCGACUUGGAUGGGAGGGUGGCCAAUCUGACCAAGCGCUACACUGCGGUCAAGGAUGCCGGCCUGAAGAUCCAGGCCAUGGUCGCGGAAAACGCCGACCUCUUCAGAGCCGACGUGACAAGCCAGUCCUGGAAAGAUUACGUCAACUACAUUGACAGCAUGGUCUUAGAGGAAUUUGAACGUUUCAUUCGCAAGUCUCUAAAUUACCUAAUGGACAACAUGGUUGUCGAUGAGAGCGUCGCGCCGCUGUUUGAGGUCCACAUGGAGCUAGAGGAGGACGGGCUGGUCUUCAGUCCGUCCCUGGAGGUCAGCGGGGACUAUGGCUUCCUGGCGCUGAUUGGGAGCCUGGUCGCUGACAUCUACAACGUGGCCAAGCUCAUCCCCCGGCUGGCCAAGGGCAGGAUGAGCUACAAGACCGACCUGGAAGACACAACGGACCUCAUAGAGAUGCGAGAGGAGAUAUCCAGCCUGGUGAUCACCGCCAUGAAGGAGGCCGAGGAGUACCAGGACUCCUUCGAACGCUACUCCUACCUCUGGGUGGACGACCCCCAGGAGUUCAUGAAGAACUUCCUCACCUACGGGCGUGCCAUCAGCCCAGAGGACCUGGACGCCCGGGCCGAGGAGACCCUCCCGAAGACGCCGCCCACCCUCACGCAGUUCCAGCAGCAGAUGGACUCCUACGAGAAGCUGUACGAGGCGGUGUCCAGGUGCGGGAACACCAAGGUGUUCAGCGGCUGGCUGCAGUGUGACUGCCGCCCCUUCAAGCAGGCGCUCCUCAGCACCAUCAAGCGCUGGAGCCUCAUGUUCAAGCACCACCUGAGCAACCACGUCGUCAACAGCCUUGCUGACCUGGAAGCCUUCAUGAAAGUCGCCAGGGCUGGCCUGACGACGCCCGUCAAGGAGGGGGACUAUGACGGCCUCGUGGAGGCGAUGGGGCAUCUGAUGAAGGUCAAGGAGAGGCAGACGGCCACCGACAACAUGUUCGAGCCCCUGAAGCAGACCAUCGAACUGCUCAAGUCCUACGGGGAGGAGAUGCCCGAGGAGGUGCACACGAAGCUGCAGGAACUGCCGGAGCAGUGGACGAACACCAAGAAGCUGGCCAUCCAGGUGAAGCAGAACGUGGCGCCCCUGCAGGCCAAUGAGGUCAGCAUCCUGAGGAGGAAGUGCCAGCAGUUCGAGCUCAAGCAGCACGAGUUCAGAGAGAAGUUCAGACAAGAAGCCCCAUUCAGCUUCAGUGACCCCGACCCGUACAAGUCCCUGAAUAAGCAACAAAAGAGCAUUGCGGCCAUGGAAGGCAUCAUGGAGGCGCUGUGCAAGUCCGGGAGCCUGUUUGAAGUCACCGUCCCAGACUACAAGCAGCUCAAGGCUUGUCACAAAGAGGUCCGCCUGCUGAAGGAGCUCUGGGACAUGAUCAUCAUGGUCAACACCAGCAUCGAUGGCUGGAAGACCACAAAAUGGAGGGACAUCAACGUCGAGCAGAUGGACAUUGACUGUAAGAAGUUCGCCAAGGACGUGCGGUCCCUGGACAAGGAGAUGAAGAGCUGGGACGCCUUCGUGGGGCUGGACAACACCGUGAAGAACAUGAUCACGUCCCUGCGCGCCGUGAGCGAGCUGCAGAACCCCGCCAUCCGCGACCGCCACUGGCAGCAGCUCAUGCAGGCCACCCAGGUGAAAUUUAAAAUGUCCGAGGAGACCACCCUGGCAGAUUUACUCCAGCUGAACCUACACAGAUACGAGGACGAGGUCCGGAACAUUGUCGACAAGGCCGUGAAGGAGUCCGGGAUGGAGAAGGUGCUGAAAGCCCUGGACAGUACCUGGUCCGCCAUGGAGUUUGAGCACGAGCCACACCCGCGGACCGGCACCAUGAUGCUCAAGUCGGACGAGGUGCUGGUGGAGACGCUGGAGGACAACCAGGUGCAGCUGCAGAACCUGAUGACGUCCAAGUACCUGUCCCACUUCCUGCAGGAGGUGACGAGCUGGCAGCAGAAGCUGUCCACGGCGGACUCGGUCAUCUCCAUCUGGUUCGAGGUGCAGAGAACGUGGAGCCACCUGGAGAGCAUCUUCAUUGGCUCGGAGGACAUCCGCACCCAGCUGCCGGAGGACUCCAGGCGCUUCGACGACAUCGACCUGGAGUUCAAGGCCUUGAUGGAAGAUGCAGUGAAAACGCCCAAUGUGAUUGAAGCCACCAACAACCCUGGCCUCUACGACAAACUUGAGACCCUGAAGAAGAGCUUGGCCGUGUGCGAAAAGGCCUUGGCCGAACACUUAGAGACGAAAAGACUGGCUUUCCCAAGGUUCUACUUUGUCUCCUCGGCUGACCUCCUAGACAUUCUGUCCAACGGGAAUGACCCUGUGGAGGUGAGCCGCCACCUGUCCAAGCUCUUCGACAGCCUGUGCAAGCUGAAGUUCCAGCUCGACACCUCCGGGCAGCCGCUGAAGUCCGGCCUGGGCAUGUACAGCAAGGAGGACGAGUACGUGGACUUUGAUCAGGAGUGUGACCUCUCGGGGCAGGUGGAAGUCUGGCUGAACCGGGUCCUGGACCGAAUGUGUGCCACCCUGCGGCACGAGAUCCCGGAAGCCGUGGUGACAUACGAGGAGAAGCCGAGGGAGCAGUGGAUCUUUGACUACCCCGCGCAGAUCGCCCUCACGUGCACCCAGAUCUGGUGGACCACCGAAGUGGGCCUGGCGUUCUCGAGGCUGGAGGAAGGAUACGAAAACGCCAUCAAAGAUUACAACAAGAAGCAGAUCAGUCAGCUGAACGCCCUCAUCACCCUGCUCAUUGGAAACCUCAGCGCCGGGGACAGGAUGAAAAUCAUGACCAUCUGCACCAUCGACGUCCAUGCCCGGGAUGUGGUCGCCAAGAUGAUCGUGGCUAAGGCACGCGCUCCGGGGAGGGGCCCGGAGCCGGGGUCGUUACUGCUGCUUCCUGAGUGGUGGGGAGGGACACUGUUCCUGGCAGCGGCAGCCCCCCUCACCCCCCUUCGUCCCGUAGUCUCACCCCUGGUGGAGAGCGCCCAGGCCUUCACCUGGCAGUCCCAGCUGCGGCACCGCUGGGACGAGGAGAGGAGGCACUGCUUCGCCAACAUUUGUGACGCCCAGAUCCAGUACUCGUACGAGUACCUGGGCAACACGCCGCGGCUCGUCAUUACCCCGCUCACCGACAGGUGCUACAUAACCUUGACCCAGUCCCUCCACCUGAUCAUGGGUGGAGCCCCCGCUGGCCCCGCUGGGACCGGCAAGACGGAGACGACCAAGGACCUGGGCAGAGCCCUGGGCACCAUGGUCUACGUCUUCAACUGCUCGGAGCAAAUGGACUACAAGUCCUGUGGGAAUAUCUACAAGGGCCUGGCCCAGACGGGAGCCUGGGGCUGCUUUGAUGAGUUUAACCGAAUCUCCGUGGAGGUCUUGUCGGUGAUUGCCGUGCAGGUGAAGUGUGUCCAAGACGCGAUUCGAGCCAAGAAGAAAACGUUUAAUUUUCUGGGAGAGAUGAUUAGCCUCAUCCCCACUGUCGGCCUCUUCAUCACCAUGAACCCUGGCUACGCUGGCCGCACGGAGCUGCCCGAGAACCUAAAGGCCUUGUUCAGACCCUGCGCCAUGGUGGUCCCUGACUUUGAACUGAUAUGCGAGAUCAUGCUGGUGGCUGAGGGUUUUCUGGAAGCCCGCCUCCUGGCCAGGAAGUUCAUCACCCUCUACACCUUGUGCAAAGAGCUGCUCUCGAAGCAGGAUCAUUACGACUGGGGCUUGCGUGCCAUCAAGUCUGUGCUGGUGGUGGCCGGCUCCCUGAAGAGGGGUGAUCCCAGCCGGGCAGAGGACCAGGUGCUGAUGAGGGCACUCAGGGACUUCAACAUCCCCAAGAUCAUCACUGAUGACCUGCCUGUGUUCAUGGGGCUCAUCGGAGACCUCUUCCCUGCCCUGGACGUGCCUCGGAAACGGGACCUGAAUUUUGAGAAGGUCAUCAAGCAGAGCAUCUUGGAGCUCAAGCUGCAGGCGGAGGACAGCUUCGUGCUGAAGGUGGUGCAGCUGGAGGAGCUGCUGCAGGUGCGACACUCGGUGUUCGUCAUCGGGAACGCGGGCAGCGGCAAGUCGCAGGUCCUCAAGUCCCUGAACAAGACCUACCAGAACCUCAAGAGGAAGCCAGUGGCCGUGGACCUGGACCCGAAGGCCGUCACCUGUGACGAGCUUUUUGGUAUCAUCAACCCAGCGACCAGGGAAUGGAAAGAUGGCCUCUUCUCCACCGUCAUGCGGGACCUGGCCAACAUCACUCACGACGGCCCCAAGUGGAUCGUCCUGGACGGGGACAUAGACCCCAUGUGGAUCGAGUCCCUCAACACCGUCAUGGAUGACAACAAGGUCCUCACCCUGGCCAGCAACGAGCGCAUCCCCCUGAACCGCACCAUGCGGCUGGUGUUCGAGAUCAGCCACCUGAGGACGGCCACACCGGCCACCGUCUCCCGAGCCGGCAUCCUGUACAUCAACCCCGCCGACCUCGGGUGGAGCCCGGUGGUGAGCAGCUGGAUCGAGAGGCGCAAGGUGCAGUCAGAAAAGGCCAACCUGAUGAUCCUCUUCGACAAGUACCUGCCCACCUGCCUGGACAAGCUCCGCGUCGGGUUCAAGAGGAUCACACCGGUGCCCGAGAUCACAGUCAUCCAGAUGAUCCUGUACCUGCUCGAGUGCCUCCUCACAGAGGAGAACGUGCCGCCCGACUCUGCCAAGGAGCUGUACGAGCUCUACUUCGCCUUCGCCUGCUCCUGGGCCUGCGGGGGCGCCAUGUUCCAGGACCAGCUGGUAGACUAUCGGGUCGAGUUCAGCAAAUGGUGGAUCAACGAGUUUAAGACGAUCAAGUUCCCCUCGCAGGGGACAGUCUUUGACUACUACAUAGACCCCGACACCAAGAGGUUCCUGCCGUGGACGGAUAGAGUGCCCGCCUUUGAGCUGGACCCCGACGUCCCGCUGCAGGCCUCUCUGGUGCACACCACCGAAACCAUCCGCAUCCGCUACUUCAUGGACCUGCUCAUGGAGAAGUCAUGGCCGGUGAUGCUAGUGGGGAACGCGGGAACGGGCAAGUCAGUGUUGAUGGGGGACAAGCUGGACAGCCUGAGCACAGAUGACUACCUAGUGCAGGCUGUGCCCUUCAACUUCUACACGACCUCGGCCAUGCUGCAGGGGAUUCUUGAGAAGCCUCUGGAGAAGAAAUCCGGGCGGAAUUACGGGCCGCCAGGCACCAAGAAGCUGAUCUACUUCAUCGACGACAUGAACAUGCCCGAGGUGGACAAGUACGGGACGGUGGCCCCGCACACCCUCAUCCGGCAGCACAUGGACCACGGGCACUGGUAUGACAGGCAGAAGCUGACGCUGAAGGACGUCCACAACUGUCAGUACGUGGCGUGCAUGAACCCCACCUCCGGCUCCUUUACCAUCGACCCCCGGCUUCAGCGCCACUUCUGUGUAUUUGCCGUGAGCUUCCCGGGCCAGGAGGCCCUCAUGACCAUCUACAGCACCAUCCUGACCCAGCACCUGGUCUGUCGCUCGGUCCCCAUGGCGGUCCAGAGGAUGAGUGGCCAGCUGGUGGCCUCCGCCCUGGCCCUGCACCAGAAAGUCACAUCAACGUUUCUUCCCACCGCCAUUAAGUUUCACUAUGUCUUCAACCUCAGGGACCUCUCCAAUAUUUUCCAGGGCCUCUUAUUCUCUUCCGCAGAGAUCCUGAAAAUCCCACUGGACCUCGUCCGCCUCUGGCUGCACGAAGCCGAGCGAGUGUACGGCGACAAGAUGGUGGACGAGAAGGACCAGACAACGCUGCUCAGGGUCACCAUGGCUUCCACCAAGAAGUUCUUCGACGACCUCGGUGAGGAGCUCUUAUUCGCCAGACCGAACAUCUACUGCCACUUCGCUCAAGGGAUCGGCGAUCCCAGGUACCUCUCGGUGACCGACGUGGCUCAACUGAACAAGCUCCUGAUGGACGUCCUGGACAGUUACAACGAGGUCAACGCGGUCAUGAACCUGGUGCUGUUCGAGGAUGCGGUGGCUCACAUCUGCAGGAUCAACCGCAUCCUGGAGGCCCCGCGGGGGAACGCCCUGCUGGUGGGGGUGGGCGGCAGCGGCAAGCAGAGCCUCUCGCGCCUGGCCGCCUACAUCAGCGCGCUGGACGUGUUCCAGAUCAGCCUCAAAAAGGGCUAUGGGAUCCCCGACCUCAAGCUUGACCUCGGUGCUCAGUACAUCAAGUCGGCCGUGAAGAACGUUCCCUCGGUGUUCCUGAUGACAGACUCCCAGGUGGCCGAGGAGCAGUUUCUGGUGCUGAUCAAUGACCUGCUGGCCUCGGGGGAGAUCCCGGGGCUGUUUGGGGACGACGAGCUGGAGGACAUCAUCUCCUCCAUGCGGCCCCAGGUGAAGUCCCUCGGCCUGAUGGACACCCGGGAGGCGUGCUGGAAGUUCUUCAUCGACAAAGUGCGCAAGCACCUCAAGGUGAUUCUAUGUUUCUCCCCCGUGGGCUCCGUCCUGCGUGUCCGAGCAAGAAAAUUCCCUGCUGUGGUCAACUGCACGGCCAUUGACUGGUUCCACGAGUGGCCAGAGGACGCCCUGGUGUCCGUCAGCGCUCGCUUCUUGGAGGACACGGAGGGGAUUCAGCCAGAAGUCAAGGCCUCCAUCAGCCUCUUCAUGUCCCACGUGCACACGACCGUCAACCAGAUGUCCAAGGUGUACCUGGCCACCGAGAGGCGCUACAACUACACCACACCCAAAACCUUCCUGGAGCAGAUCAAACUGUACCAGAGCCUGCUGGCCAAGAAGAGGAUGGAGCUGGUGGCCAAAAUCGAGAGGCUGGAGAACGGCCUGAUGAAGCUGCAGAGCACGGCCUCCCAGGUGGAUGACUUAAAAGCCAAGCUGGCGGUUCAGGAGGCUGAGCUCAAGCAGAAAAACGAGAAUGCGGACAAGUUGAUCCACGUGGUGGGCGUGGAAACCGAGAAGGUCAGCAAAGAGAAAGCCAUUGCUGAUGAGGAAGAGGUCAAGGUGGAGGUCAUCAACAAGAAUGUCACUGAGAAACAAAAGGCCUGUGAGAUGGACCUGGCCAAGGCAGAGCCGGCCCUGCUGGCUGCCCAGGAGGCCCUGGACACUCUGAAUAAGAACAAUCUGACAGAGCUGAAGUCCUUCGGGUCCCCCCCAGAUGCCGUGGUCAACGUCACAGCCGCCGUCAUGAUUCUGACCGCUCCCGGGGGCAAGAUCCCCAAGGACAAGAGCUGGAAGGCUGCGAAAAUCAUGAUGGGCAAGGUGGACACCUUCCUGGACUCCUUGAAGAAGUUUGACAAGGAGCACAUCCCCGAGGCCUGCCUGAAAGCGUUUAAGCCCUACCAGGGCAACCCCACCUUCGACCCCGAGUUCGUCCGCUCCAAAUCCACGGCCGCCGCGGGCCUGUGCUCCUGGUGCAUCAACAUCGUGCGCUUCUACGAGGUCUACUGCGACGUGGCCCCCAAGAGGCAGGCGCUGGAGGAGGCCAAUGCCGAGCUGGCAGAAGCACAGGAGAAGCUCUCCCGCAUCAAAAAUAAGAUCGCGGAACUCAAUGCCAACCUUAGCAACCUGACAUCAGCGUUUGAAAAAGCAACUGCGGAGAAAAUCAAGUGUCAGCAGGAGGCAGACUCCACCAAUAGGGUGAUCUCGUUGGCUAACAGGCUGGUAGGAGGACUGGCUUCGGAAAACGUCCGCUGGGCCGAAUCGGUGGAGAACUACAAGGGCCAGGGGGUCACCCUGUGCGGGGACGUACUGCUGAUUUCUGCCUUCGUGUCCUACGUGGGCUACUUCACCAAGAAGUACCGAAAUGAGCUGAUGGAGCGCUUUUGGAUCCCUUACAUAAAUCAACUGAAGGCCCCCAUCCCGAUCACGGAGGGUCUGGACCCCUUGAGCCUGCUGACCGACGAUGCGGACGUGGCCACCUGGAACAACCAGGGGCUCCCCAGCGACCGCAUGUCCACGGAGAACGCCACCAUCCUGUGCAACACGGAGCGCUGGCCCCUCAUCGUGGACGCCCAGCUGCAGGGGAUCAAGUGGAUCAAGAACAAAUAUGGCAGCGAGCUGAAGGCCAUCCGCCUGGGGCAGAAGAGCUACCUGGACAUCAUCGAGCAGGCCAUCUCAGAAGGCGACACCUUGCUCAUUGAGAACAUUGGCGAGACUGUGGACCCCGUGCUGGACCCUCUGCUGGGCAGGAACACGAUCAAAAAGGGAAAGUUCAUUAAGAUCGGUGACAAGGAGGUGGAGUACCACCCCAAGUUCCGCCUGAUCCUGCACACCAAGUACUUCAACCCCCACUACAAGCCCGAGAUGCAGGCCCAGUGCACCCUGAUCAACUUCCUGGUCACCAGGGAUGGGCUCGAGGACCAGCUCUUGGCCGCCGUAGUGGCCAAAGAGCGCCCGGAUCUGGAGCAGCUGAAGGCAAACCUCACCAAGUCACAAAAUGAAUUUAAGAUUGUCCUGAAGGCACUGGAAGACUCCCUGCUGGCCCGGCUGUCAGCCGCGUCGGGGAGCUUCCUGGGGGACACUGCCCUAGUAGAGAAUCUGGAAACCACCAAACACACGGCCAGCGAGAUUGAGGAGAAGGUACAAGAGGCCAAAAUCACAGAGGUUAAAAUCAACGAGGCGAGAGAGAGCUACCGGCCGGCGGCGGAGAGGGCGUCCCUGCUGUACUUCAUCCUGAGCGACCUCAACAAGAUCAACCCCAUCUACCAGUUCUCGCUCAAGGCCUUCAACGUGGUGUUCGAGAAAGCCAUCCAGAAGACCGCCCCCGCAGACGAGGUCCGGCAGCGUGUCAUCAACCUGACGGACGAGAUCACCUACUCCGUCUACAUGUACACGGCCCGCGGGCUCUUCGAGCGAGACAAGCUCAUCUUCCUGGCACAGGUGGCGUUUCAGGUAUUGUCCAUGAAGAAACAGCUGAACCCGGUGGAGCUGGAUUUCCUCCUGCGGUUCCCGUUCAAGGCCGGGGUCGUGUCGCCGGUGGGCUUCCUGCAGAAUCAGGCCUGGGGCGGCAUCAAGGCCCUCGCGGAGAUGGACGAGUUCAAGAACCUGGACAGCGACAUCGAGGGGUCUGCCAAGCGGUGGAAGAAGCUCGUGGAGUCGGAAGCCCCGGAAAAGGAGAUCUUCCCCAAGGAGUGGAAGAACAAAACGGCCCUGCAGAAGCUCUGCAUGGUGCGGUGCAUGCGGCCAGACCGCAUGACCUACGCUGUCAAGAACUUCGUGGAGGAGAAAAUGGGCAGCAAGUUCGUGGAGGGCCGGAGCGUCGAGUUCUCCAAGUCCUACGAGGAGAGCAGCCCGUCCACUCCGAUCUUCUUCAUCCUCUCCCCGGGGGUGGACCCCCUGAAGGACGUGGAAGCCCUGGGGAAAAAACUGGGAUUUACCAUAGACAAUGGGAAGCUCCAUAACGUGUCCCUGGGGCAGGGGCAGGAGGUGGUGGCGGAGAACGCCCUGGACGUGGCUGCGGAGAAGGGACACUGGGUCAUCCUGCAGAACAUCCACCUGGUGGCCCGGUGGCUGAGCACCCUGGACAAGAAGCUGGAGCGGUUCAGCACAGGCAGCCACCAUGAUUACCGCGUGCUCAUCAGCGCCGAGCCGGCCCCGAGCCCAGAGGCCCACAUCAUCCCCCAGGGCAUCCUGGAAAACGCCAUCAAGAUCACCAACGAGCCACCCACAGGCAUGUACGCCAACCUGCACAAGGCCCUGGACCUCUUCACCCAGGACACGCUGGAGACAUGUACCAAGGAGAUCGAGUUCAAGUGCAUUCUCUUCGCCCUGUGCUACUUCCACGCCGUGGUGGCCGAGAGGCGCAAGUUCGGGGCCCAGGGCUGGAACAGGUCGUACCCCUUCAACAACGGGGACCUCACCAUCUCCAUCAGCGUGCUCUACAACUACCUGGAGGCCAACGCGAAGGUGCCCUGGGACGACCUCCGCUACCUCUUUGGGGAGAUCAUGUACGGCGGCCACAUCACCGACGACUGGGACCGCCGGCUCUGCAGGACGUACCUGGCAGAGUAUGUCCGGGCAGAGAUGCUGGAGGGGGAGAUCCUGCUGGCCCCCGGCUUCCAGAUCCCCCCCAACCUGGACUACAAGGGUUACCACGAAUAUAUCGACGAGAACCUGCCCCCUGAGAGCCCCUACCUGUACGGCCUGCAUCCCAACGCGGAGAUUGGGUUCCUGACAGUCACCUCGGAGAAGCUGUUCCGCACUGUCCUGGAAAUGCAGCCCAAAGAGACUGACUCGGGAGCAGGCACCGGCGUGUCCCGUGAGGAGAAGGUGAAGGCCGUGCUGGACGAGAUCCUGGAGAAGAUCCCAGAGACGUUCAACAUGGCUGAGAUCAUGGCCAAGGCAUCCGAGAAGACCCCCUACGUGGUCGUCGCCUUCCAAGAAUGUGAAAGAAUGAACAUCCUAACCAACGAAAUGCGCCGCUCGCUAAAGGAGCUGAACCUGGGGCUGAAGGGAGAACUGACCAUCACGACCGAUAUGGAGGACCUGUCCAUGGCCCUGUUCUAUGACACUGUGCCCGAAACGUGGAUGGCCCGGGCCUACCCCUCCAUGAUGGGCCUGGCGGCCUGGUACGCUGACCUGCUGCUCCGAAUUAGGGAGCUCGAGGCCUGGACAACGGACUUUGCGCUGCCCACCACGGUGUGGCUGGCCGGCUUCUUCAACCCGCAGUCCUUCCUCACGGCCAUCAUGCAGUCCAUGGCCAGGAAGAACGAGUGGCCGCUGGACAAGAUGUGUCUGUCCGUGGAGGUGACCAAGAAGAGCCGGGAGGACAUGACUGCGCCCCCUCGGGAGGGUUCCUACGUGUACGGGCUCUUCAUGGAAGGAGCUCGCUGGGACACCCAGACCGGAGUCAUCGCCGAAGCACGGCUGAAGGAGCUGACGCCAGCCAUGCCUGUCAUCUUCAUCAAGGCCAUCCCUGUGGACCGCACAGAAACCAAGAACAUCUAUGAGUGCCCGGUGUACAAAACCCGCAUCCGCGGCCCCACCUACGUCUGGACCUUUAACCUGAAGACCAAAGAGAAGGCAGCCAAGUGGAUCCUGGCCGCCGUGGCACUGCUCCUGCAGGUCUAGCUGGCGCCGUGGGCUGGGUCCUGACCACAACUCCAAAUUUACAGUUAGAAACUCAGCCUUGCAACCACCUCUUACUUUCACAGGAACUGAUGGUUGCUUUCUGUUCUCCUAAAUAACUGAGACUUUACAGCCACGCACAUCUGGGCUAGCCAGAGGGUGGAGGGCAGUGUGGAAGAGGGGGCGUGGGUUGGAUUAAAACAAUGAAGCCA